AUGGAAGAUAUCAUCAUCGGCGUGGUGGCUCUUGCCGUGGUUCUCCUCUUCUUCCUCUACCGAAAACCGAAUGCAAAACGGUACAAGCUGCCUCCGGGUCCACUGGGGCUUCCGGUGAUCGGAAACCUCCACCAGCUUCAAAACCUUAACCCGCAACGCUUCUUCUAUGGAUGGGCCAAAAAAUACGGACCAAUCUUCUCAUACAAGAUAGGUUGCAAAACAAUGGUGGUGAUAUCUUCGGCCGAGCUAGCCAAGGAGCUACUCAAGACGCAAGAUGUCAACUUUGCGGACCGGCCUCAGCACCGUGGCCACGAGGUAAUAUCCUAUGGCCGGCGAGACAUGGCAUUGAACCAUUACACACCUUAUUACCGAGAGAUAAGGAAAAUGGGCAUGAACCAUUUGUUCUCACCCACACGUGUGGCCACCUUUAAACACGUGCGGGAGGAGGAAGCUAGGAGGAUGAUGGUGAAGAUCGGCAAGGCCGCGGAGAGAUCCGAACCGGUCGAUAUAAGCGAGCUUAUGUUGACUUUCACAAACUCAGUCGUGUGUAGACAAGCGUUCGGGAAGAAGUACAAUGAGGACGGGGAAGAGAUGAAGAGAUUCAUUAACAUUCUUUAUGGGACUCAAAGUGUUAUGGGGAAGAUUUUUUUCUCUGAUUUUUUCCCAUUUACUGGAUACGUUUUCGAUGAUUUGACAAACCUCACGGCUUAUAUGAAGGAGUGUUUUGAAAGGCAAGACACUUAUUUACAAGAGAUUAUCGAUGAAACGCUUGAUCCCAAUAAGAUCAAGCCAGAAACCGAGAGCAUGAUCGAUCUCUUGAUGCAGAUCUACAAAGAUCAACCUUUUGCCUCCGAGUUCACUAUAGACAAUGUCAAAGCCGUGAUCUUGAAUAUAGUGGUGGCGGGAACGGACACGGCGGCUGCCGCGGUUGUAUGGGGGAUGACUUAUCUAAUGAAGUACCCUCAAGUGAUGAAGAAAGCUCAAGCUGAAGUGAGAGACUAUGUGAUAGAAAAAGGGUUAACGUUCAUUACUGAAGACGACGUCAAGAACCUUCCUUACUUCAGAGCCUUGGUUAAAGAAACCCUAAGGAUCGAACCGGUGAUUCCUCUCCUUGUCCCUCGUGCUUGCAUUCAGGACACCAAGAUCGCCGGUUACGACAUCCCCGCAGGGACCACGGUCAAUGUCAACGCAUGGGCGGUGUCACGUGACGAGAAGUACUGGGGACCCAACCCUGACGAGUUCAGGCCCGAGAGGUUUCUUGAGAAGGACGUUGACUUCAAAGGCACGGACUACGAGUUCAUACCUUUUGGAUCGGGCCGGAGAAUGUGCCCUGGAAUGCGUCUUGGCGCAGCAAUGCUCGAGGUACCGUACGCGAAUCUUCUCCUCAACUAUAACUUCAAACUUCCUAAUGGAAUGAAACCAGAAGAUAUCAACAUGGAUGUUAUGACUGGUCUCGCUAUGCACAAGUCAGAGCAUCUCAAGCUUGUCCCGGAGAAAGUGAACAUUAAGUGA